AUGUUUAACGAAGGUGGACAUUUUAAGGUGAUUGCAUAUUUUGCAACAGUUGGUGCAAGUCAAUCGGAUUCGAGCGCGACUGGUGAGGGAACAAAGAAGAAGGCGACAUUAGAAGAUCAGAUCGUACAGACAAAUCCAGUGCUUGAAGCAUUUGGUAACGCGCGAACAGUCAGAAACAACAAUUCAUCGCGAUUUGGAAAAUUUAUACGAAUUCAUUUCUCAAAGUAUGGAAAAUUGGCAUCAUGUGAUAUUGAACAUUGUGAGUUUGUUUGA